AACACAUCAGAUACAUGAUGUGCAGUUUUGGAUCUGAAUGUUGUUUUUCCAAACCAGGCUGGCUGAAUGAAGUGUGCACGAUCUCCGUCUCCCCCUCUCUGCCUCCCUCUCCCUCCUCUUCUUUACAUCUCACCGGUUUAAUCUCAUUGUGAAGGGAGACGUGGCUGCAGCGCGGCUCACAUCCUCCCCCAUGGACCCUCCAUCCCUCCAUCCCUCCAUCCCUCUAUCUGUCUGUCUGUCAGUCCAUCUGUCUCCUCUCCUCCUCCUCUCUCACUCUCUGUGGCGCGUCCAACAACUUUUUUGCAUCCUCUGUUUCCUUUUUCUGUUCUCCUCGGCUGUGCCGCCAGCUUGCUCACCUCCAAUCAUGACCACACAGAGAGCACGUUAUAAGAAGCGGAUUGCAGACUAGCAGCAUCAAGUAAGAGUCUCCCAGUGUUGAUCAGCACAGGAUGUGUUGAAAUCUCCCGUUGUUGCUCCGGUUCUCCUCUCUGAAAUGGAGCCCCCUUUGCAGUGCUCCCUUUCAAACGUAUCUAAACUGUUCCACAACGCCAGCAUGCCACUAAACACCACUGGGAAUUACACUGCCGACCCGUUCACUGAAUUCAACCUCUCUGAAAUCCUGGGUCCAAAACGCUCUCCCUUCUUCCUGCCUGUGACCGGCGUUUACCUUCUCAUCUUUCUCACCGGCCUGUCCGGGAAUCUGCUCACAUGCGUGGUGAUAGCGCGGCACAAGAAAAUGCGAAACCCCACCAACCUGUACCUGGUGAGCCUGGCUGUGUCGGACCUCCUGGUCCUUUUGUUCGGCAUGCCGCUGGAGAUUUACGACCUGUGGCAGAACUAUCCCUUCCCCUUUGGCGAGGGCGGCUGCUACUUCAAGACCUUCCUCUUUGAGACGGUCUGCUUCGCCUCGAUCCUCAACGUCACAGCUCUGAGCGUGGAGAGGUACAUCGCUGUGCUGCACCCGCUCAAAACAAGGUACCUGUCGACCAACCAGCACGCCAAGCGGGUGAUCACCAUCCUGUGGGCUGUGUCGAUGACCUGUGCCAUCCCCAACACCUCGCUGCACGGCAUCUUCUACCUUCCGGAGAGGAUGGAGGAGUCGGCCAUAUGCACCGUGCUGAAGCCCCUGUGGAUCUAUAACAUGGUCAUGCAGAUCACCACCGUGUGUUUCUUUUUUGUGCCCAUGAUGGUGAUCAGCGUGCUCUACCUGGUGAUGGGUGUCCACCUGGGCAGGGAGAGGCGGCAGCCCAGCGGGACCCUGGGAAAGAACUGUGGCAGCAGCACCCGAAGGAAGAUCAGCGUGAACGGGCGCAGGAGACAGGUCAACAAGAUGCUUUCGAUCGUGGUUGCAGUGUUCGGAGUCUGCUGGGCGCCCUUUCACAUCGAGCGGCUCCUGUGGAGUUCCAUCAGCCAGUGGACCGAUCUGAUGCACAACAUUUAUCAGUACGUCCACAUCCUGUCGGGCGUCCUCUUCUACCUCAGCUCAGCAGUCAACCCUAUCAUCUACAGCCUGCUCUCCACGCGGUUCAGGGAGUGUUUCCGAGAACUCAUGUGCUCCCAGGCGGAGGAUAACAGCUCCGUCAGAGACUCGCCGCCCUUCCCCAAGAUUUUACUGGACCCGACUGGAUCCAGCUCCAGAGCUCAGGCUGAGUGUAAGGACUCCAACGCUUUCAUCCCCUUGCUGUCUCCUAACAUGACACUGAGCACGGACACCGCGAUCCUCACGUGUGUUUGUGACGACGCAACCUGCAAGACCUCUGUGUUCUAACUGAGAUUUGUUUUUAAUGAGCUAUCACAAACGACUUUAAAGGAAUAGUUUGACAUUUUGGGAAUAAUGCUUAAUUCGCUUUCUUGCGAUACAGAUCUUAUAUCAGUCACACUGACAGACUGGACCGGAGCCACCUGCAGACACCUGGAAAUCUCACAGGGUAACAUAUCAGUUUACACAUCAUAACGUUCUGCUUACAAAUAACACAACUGUACACUUUCUGCAGUGCAUACGCCAAAGUUCAGUUCUGUGUGCAGGUGAUCCCUUCACAUCAAAGUCCCCAUGAAGAGCCUGGACCUCAUCAACAGCACCAGGCUUUUACAAUUACAUCAUCACGUAAUAAACUGGCGUCCAAAAAAGCUUUUUCCCAUAGGCUUACAUUGUGAAAGAAGCGGAUUGUGUCACAGCCCCCUUCAACAUUACUCCUUUGACUAUCAAGAGUUAAAGGGAUAUUCACACCGUGACACAGAGUAAGACCCCCCUUCUCGAGAGAUCAAGUUUGCAGACCGCUAGCUUAC